UUGUGUUUGUGAGUGAUGCCGAGGGAUAGGAAUCGGAUGGAGGGGUACUCGGAUGCGAAAUCGCCGCUGUUGGCGGAGGCGGCUGCUAGCGAAGGGCAGCGAGUGCGAUUCGGUCGCCGGAACUCGGUCAACUCGCUUAGGAACGAUUUUCUGGCGAGGUUGCCUGAUGAUGUCCGUUCUGGCCUUGACCUCGAAUCUGUUUCUCGCAUUGAUCUCUCCAAAAUUACUCGCUUAACUGAAGGAGAAAGGGAAUACUAUGAAAGGCAAUUUGAAACAUUAAAAUCAUUUGAGGAAGUUGACACUUUGGUGACAUCUGACUGCAUUGAUGAGGAUGACCUUCAAGAACAACGCCAACAUGAAAGAGCAAUGAGGAUCUCUAAUUUUGCAAAUAUUUUAUUGUUGGCGUUUAAGUUAUAUGCUACAAUAAAGAGUGGAUCCAUAGCUAUUGCUGCAUCAACACUGGAUUCUUUACUUGAUCUCCUGGCUGGUGGCAUUCUUUGGUUUACUCACUUGUCGAUGAAGAGCAUUAAUAUCUACAAAUAUCCUAUUGGAAAAUUGAGGGUACAGCCAGUAGGCAUAAUCGUCUUUGCUGCUAUCAUGGCUACACUUGGUUUUCAGGUAUUGAUUCAGGCUGUAGAAGAACUAGUUAAAGAUGAACCUUCUAAAAAGAUGACCUUAAAUCAACUCAUAUGGCUGUGCACAAUCAUGAUAUCUGCUACUGUUGUAAAACUUAUCCUCUGGCUGUACUGCAAAAGCUCCGGAAACAAGAUUGUCCGUGCCUAUGCGAAGGACCACUAUUUUGAUGUGAUAACAAAUGUAGUUGGGUUAGUAGCAGCCCUUCUUGGUGAUAUGUUCUACUGGUGGAUUGACCCUUCCGGUGCUAUUAUCCUUGCAAUUUAUACAAUCUCAAAUUGGUCCGGGACUGUUCUGGAAAAUGCAGCAUCACUUGUGGGACAGACGGCCCCUCCUGAAGUCCUGCAGAAAUUGACAUACCUCGUUAUACGGCACCCUCAUGUCCAGCGUAUUGACACAGUCCGUGCUUACACUUUUGGUGUUCUGUAUUUUGUGGAGGUUGACAUUGAACUCCCACUAGAGCUGCCCUUGAAAGAAGCACAUGCGAUAGGGGAGAGUCUGCAGAUAAAUAUAGAGAAACUUCCUGAAGUGGAACGUGCAUUUGUUCAUCUCGAUUUUGAAUGCGAUCACAAACCAGAGCACUCUGUUCUCACUAGGCUGCCCAACACUCAGCCAUAAUUUUCAGCCAUAAUUUUGAGUUCCAACACACCCAAAUUUGGCCUUCUAUGUUCUUCAUUUCAGUACUAAAUUAUUAUUAUUAUUAUUAUUAUUAUUAUUAUUAUUAUUAUUUUUGUAUAGUUAACAUUGGAAGGUGAAUUCACCAUAUGUAGUGAGCAAUUUUUGUUUUU